UGAAAUACCUGCUACAACGAAAGGAGGGUGUCCCCAUUAUUAUUUUUUGUGAACAAAGGUGCAAUGCACUUUCCGAACUGAGAUGCAGCAAUACGAAGCGUCUAGUCUGCCGGGAAACCACACGAAGGAGAAGAAGAAGAAGAAGAAGAAGAAGGAGGAGAAGAAGAAGGAGGAGGAGGACAAGAAGGAGGAGGAGGAUGAGGGCGCGAGUCAAAUAAGCGGAACCCUAGUCGCCAGUGUGGAUGAGGGAAGCAUGCAGACCAUAAAGUGUGUGGUGGUGGGCGAUGGUGCCGUGGGUAAGACUUGCCUUCUAAUCUCCUACACGACAAACGCCUUCCCAGAGGAGUACAUCCCCACCGUGUUCGACAACUACAGUGCCCAGAUAAGUGUGGACAGCCGCGCCAUCAGCCUCAACCUGUGGGACACUGCUGGCCAGGAGGAGUACGACCGCCUGCGCACCCUCUCCUACCCCCAGACCAAUGUCUUCAUCAUCUGUUUCUCCAUUGGCAGCCCGUCCUCUCAUGCCAAUGUACGGCACAAGUGGCACCCAGAGGUAUCCCACCACUGUCCUGGAGUUCCAGUGCUGCUGGUGGGCACCAAGAAGGAUCUGCGUGGAGAUGUGGAGGCGGUGAAGAAAUUGAAGGAGCACGGCCUGGCCCCCACCAACCAACAGCAGGGUAAUGCCUUAGCCAAGCAGAUCGGCGCCGUCAAAUACCUGGAGUGCUCAGCUCUGAUGCAGGACGGUGUGAGGGAGGUGUUUGAAGAGGCCGUGCGAGCUGUGCUCUACCCCGUUACCAAGAAAAAUGUCAAGAAGUGUGCUGUGUUAUAACUAUGUGCCUAGACUAGGGGGACUGGGGGAAGAGACUCACGAUUGGCGCUGCCAUUUUGGCUCCCAAUAUGCCUUUCACGUUCUAACCCUCACCACUUGUUAGCAUUGCCUGGCUUCAAUAUUAAUUGAUUGUUUGUCAAGAGGUCCUCUCCACUAAGAUGUGGUUUCAAUUGAUGCCAACAACCUUCCUAUGGAUUUUUUUGUAUCUCUGAAAUCAAAACUGCAGCGACGAUGCUAAGGGAUUUCAAUGGUGCCUUCUCAGCAACUUGCUGCCUUGUCCUCACUGGCUGUAUGUUUAAGAAGAUUACAAUUGAUUUGACACCUUUGCUUUUCUCCUUCAUCAGGCCAGUCUUGUAAUGUGUUGGUCUUUUUCUGUGAACUUUACCCUUGUUGUCAUCUGAUGUGAUUCACAGGAAUGUUGUGUCAAUCAGUAGCCACUGUGUUAAACAUUAUGUUCAUCCCUCUGUGCCAUUACAGUAAUAGUUGUAGUGUGGAUUGUCAAUAAGAUAGUUUGCCUUUAACGUGGUUCAUAAGCCAGGAUCACAGGAUAUCUGCUGAACUAGCCUUGCUGGUAUGAGACAAGCAAGAGUGUAUGUAUGACACUGUCACCCUGAACACAUGCACACUUUGAUUAGAACAGUCUGUCUCCUAUUGCUCUGUUACUCACACUCCUCUCUCUUACUCUGUAAAACCAUGAGCUUACCAUUCCGCACAAUGCUUUGUCAAAACAAAGUCCUGAUUGUGUCAGUGAAUACAGAUUGGGUAGCUGCUAAGUAAACAGAUGCCCUAAAGAUUAAUGUUAUUUUUGUAUUGCUGGUGGGACAAAUCAGGAAGCAAUAAUUUGAGUGUUUAGUGAUUAACACCCCCCCCCCCCCCACCACCACCACCAAAAAAAGUCUAACUCUCAGUCAGCUGACCUGCUUAUGGGUAGUCUUUAUUUUUUGUCUGAAGGCAAGCAGAAACCACAAGUAAACUGCAUUCUAUGUUCUAUUGUAACUAACUGAAAUCGGUGCUGAAUAAUGCUACACAUUAGGAUGUCAUAAAAGUUGUUUAGCGUUACUGCCCUCAUUGAGGAACGCGUGUUGAAGGUACCACGUAUCAGCAGUAAUGCUGCUCAUUCCUGGCUAACUGUUAACUUAUCUAAGUGUAAUGGCAAGUAUGUAUGGCUAAUACUGCAACAGGAGCUGCCAUCCUAACAGUUCCUUGUGCUGCAUGAACAUGCUUGUUGGAGAGUGGAAGGCAUAGGCCUACAUUUGUACCCAAACCACUCUAGCAGGGUUUUUUUCAGUGUCUGGUGGUAUUAUUGGUAUGAAUGGUUCUGUCGUGUGCCUCAUCCCUUUGUGAUGUCAUAUGGGAUCUGUAAUGAGUUGAUGUGCAGCUUCUGUAAUUAAGGCCACAGGGUCCGCUGGUUUUUCCCAUCAGACUGCACCACUAAAUUGAAUGUGAAGUAUUGCAUUUUAGGUAUAAUUCAUAGUAAAUUUGCUGACUGGACAAUACAUGUGGUGGAAACCUGCAGAGUCUGUAGCACUUGAGAACUGAAGUUGCACUUCCUCUGUGUGGAAGUCUUUGCCUUCUCAAACAGAAGGAAUUAAUUCCACCCCAACACUGACUGAUAACAGAUUGGUUCUGGUGGAAUGUAAUUGUUUUUUUUAACCAGAAACCUAUGAAAUGUACAUCUAAUUGCCAAAAUAAAGGAAACACUUGAGUAAAUGAGGAAUAAAAGUAUAUUGAAAGCAGGUUCUGCCACACAAGUGUGAUUCCUGAGUUUAUUAAGCAAUUAACAUCCCAUCAUGCUUAAGGUAAUGUGUAAAAAUGCCCAGUUGCCUGUUAUUUUGGCAACCAUGGCUAGAAGAGAUCUGUUACUUUGAAAGAAGGGUCUCAAAUGAGCAUGGGGGUUUAAAGGAUGUGUGUGUCAGUCACCAGAUCUCAACCCAAUUGAACACAUGGGAGAUACUGGAGCGGUGCCCAAGACCGCAUUUUCCACCACCAUCAACGAAACACCAAAUUAUGGAAUUUCUCAUGUAAGAAUGGUGUCCAAUAGAUUUCCAGACACUUGUAUAAUCUAUGCCAUGCUGUUCUGGUGGCACAUGGUGGCCCAACGCCCUAUUUAGACAUUUUAUGUUGGUGUUUCCUUUAUUUUGGCAGAUACCUGUAUAACAGGUUAUAAUGGUUCAAUUAAGUAUUUUUAAGUAGGCCUACAUAUUCCCUUAUGUCUUUGGCGCUCAAUGCCAUUCUGUUCUGCAGACUAAAGAGGCUUGGUUGUGGUAUUUAUGAUCCAAGAGAGACAUUUUGGUAUUCAUUUUAUAUUCCAUUUAAUUCCAGAUACAGGUGUCAUGGUCUUUACCUUUAUGUGUAAAGACUCAACUUUAUAUAUUUUUGAUUCAAUCCUUUUUUACAAUGAGAAGUCAAUGUGUGUACUAUACAAUAAAUAUUUCAGAUAAACGAUUACCUUACAAUUACCUUACCUUUACAAAGAAUCACAUGCAUUACCUUUACAAAUAAUUACUUUGAUAAGAUGUUUACCCAUUUUCUUUUAAUUAUAUAAGCUUAGUAAUAAAAGGCAAUGUAAAAGAAUGGGCAACCAAUGUCUUCAAUCUAUUAAUGCGUUGUCAGAGCAGUUGCAUCAAGGAAACAUCACCUGGUAAUAAAACAUAGAAAAAAAUGGUCCUCCUAUACUUACAAAUCACUGACAGGCUCGGUCCUGUAUGGUACAGUGAACCCAAACCAUAGAUUUGGCAUUACCUAGACUUGCCCUUCUGCAUACAGCCAUCAUUUGAAUUGGUUGCUGUUGGUCUAUCAGUGUACAGAUUUACUUCAUGAAAAGGCACAUUCUAGCAUUAGGUAGUGCCAAAAACUCAAGUUUUACCUCUUUUUAUUUUAUUUUUUAUCUCUACCUGAAAGGGAUGACUUGGCAUUGAAGUGCCUCAAAGGAGUGUGUGGUUUUUGACUCAAGCACUGUGGAACUUGAUUUGUCAGUUAAUGUAAUUUUAACUGCAACCAAACCCACUUGCAUUACUAAAUAAAUGCAAAAGUUUA